AUGAUCAACGUUGCCAGACAAAAAUAUCAACGCGCAAACGUAACGUAUGAAGUUGCAGAUGCUAACAACUUUGUUGAAAAAUUUCCCAAGUGGGAAGGUAGAUUUGACAAAGUUGUUUCAGUUCACGCUUUACACUGGGUACAGGAUAAAGCUAGUGCAAUGCGUAACAUCUACAACUGCCUAAAAAUCGACGGGGAGUGUUUUCUCUUGUUCUGUGGACCAACACAUCAAAUGCUAGGCCAAAAACCUGAUGAACUUCCCAAUUAUUUGAAACAUCACAGCAAUUGGAAGAAACACCUCAAGGGUUACGUUCACAGAAUGUACAAUCAGUUUGACCUAGAUGACACCAGGAAGUUGUUGGAAUCUGUAGGUUUUGAAGUACUUAGUGGAACGUCACAUACUCCAUGUGAAAAUAUAGACAUCUCCAGUGAAGACGAAUUAAAAGAAUACCUGCGUACACUCCUUGGGCACCUAGGAUAUUUGCCACAGCAGUACCAUACAGAGUUUAUUCAAGAUGCGAGCGACUGGUGUUAUAAAAACUUUCCUAUCAAUCAAUUAGGAAAUAUAUACAAUAAGGUGACAGUAAUUGUCGUUCAUGCUGUUAAAAAGCAAAUUGCGUCAGACACAUAAAAAAAAUGAAUGGAAUUCAAAUUAUAUUGUCACUUGAAAAAAACACAAGGCCUUUCGUGGUUAUGACGAUUACAUUGUAAGGAAUGGGCCUGAUGGAGGCUGGGCUUUUUUUCUUUCAAAGAUAUGAAUCAAUUUAUAAUAAUUAUUCAUUGAAUGUCUACAAUGUCAGUCGCUUGAAGCACACAAUCAACAGAUCCAAGUUCCACAUACAUUUUUAUUUAUAAAUAUUAACAGUGGACAAUAUUGACAGAUGAAUUCGCAAUCCACCUAGUUAACAAUGACAUAAUACUCUUUACUAAAAACAUCUAAGGUUAUGAUUAAAAUAUACAAAUUGAAAUAUUUAUAUACAUUUAAAAAU